CCCCCUCACUCGCGCGUUAGGAGGCUCGGGUCGUUGUGGUGCGCCGUCUUCCCGCUUGCGUCAGGGACCUGCCCGACUCAGUGGAAGCAGGGAGAGGUGGUGAGAGAUGACCCCUGUUGAGGAUUUCAUUGGUGUCUGCCACAGGCCGCCAUGGCAUCAGAUGAAGGCAAGCUUUUUGUUGGAGGGCUGAGUUUUGACACCAAUGAGCAGUCGCUGGAGCAGGUCUUCUCAAAAUAUGGACAGAUCUCUGAAGUGGUGGUUGUGAAAGACAGGGAGACCCAGAGAUCUCGGGGAUUUGGGUUUGUCACCUUUGAGAACAUUGACGACGCUAAGGAUGCCAUGAUGGCCAUGAAUGGGAAGUCUGUAGAUGGACGGCAGAUCCGAGUAGACCAGGCAGGCAAGUCGUCAGACAACCGAUCCCGUGGGUACCGUGGUGGCUCCGCCGGGGGCCGGGGCUUCUUCCGCGGGGGCCGAGGACGGGGCCGUGGGUUCUCUAGAGGAGGAGGGGACCGAGGCUAUGGGGGGAGCCGGUUCGAGUCCAGGAGUGGGGGCUACGGAGGCUCCAGAGACUACUAUAGCAGCCGGAGUCAGAGCGGUGGCUACAGUGAGCGGAGCUCGGGCGGGUCCUAUAGAGACAGUUACGACAGUUACGGUAAGUCACACUCUGAGGGCGCCACGCUGCUGUGGCCUGCGGUGGGAGCUCGGUUCACCUUGGCGCCCUCUCCAAGCACUUUAGGCUGGACACUCAGACCUUGUCACUGUGCUUGCCCAUAAGAGGCGCAUCUGUCCUCUCAGAGCCAUUUCUAUCGCAGGACGCAAAAGCCAAAUGAGACUGACCAAAAAGGCAAGGGAGAGCGAGGGCCCGCUGGGCAGUCAGCAUAGGUGCAUGUGCGGCCGAAGGCCAGCCUCCCUCGGCUGUGGGGGGUGGUUGCUCCCCGGCCGCACCCUGGUCUGGCCUCUGGGGUGAAGCUGCCUCUCGUUGCUUCGGUGCCUUUACACUGUGCCUGCUUCUUGUCCUCAGCUACACACAACGAGUAAAAACCCUUCCUGCUCAAGAUCGUCCUUCCAAUGGCUGUGUGUUUACAGAUUGUGGGAGCUUCGCUGAACGUUAAUGUGUAGUAAACGCACCUCCUUGUAUUCCCACUUUCGUAGUCAUUUCGGUUCUGAGCUUGUCAAACCCAGCCUGACCGCUUCUGACGCCAGGAUGGCCUCGUUACUAGACUUUUCUUUUUAAGGAAGUGCUGUCUUUUUUUAAGGGUUUUCAAAACAUUUUGAAAAGCAUUUACUUUUUUGACCACGAGCCAUGAGUUUUCAAAAAAAUCGGGGGUUGUGUGGGUUUUUGGUUUUUGUUCUAGUUUUUGGUUGCGUUGCCUUUUUUUUUUUCUUAGUGGGGUUGGCCCCAUGAAGUGGGUGCCCCAUUCACUUCUCUGAGAUCGAACGGACUGUGAAUCCGCUCUUUGUCGGAAACUGAGCAAGCUGUGGCUUUUUUCCAACUCCGUGGGGCGUUUCUGACCUUAGUGUGGUAGGACCCUGGCGGGUGUGGCAGCAACUGCCCUGGAGCCCCAGCCCCUGCGCCCAUCUGUGCUGUGCGCCCCACAGUAGACGUGCAGACGUCCCUGAGAGGUUCUUGAAGAUGUUUAUUUAUAUUGUCCUUUUUUACUGGAAGACGUAUGCAUACUCCAUCGAUGUUGUAUUUGCAGUGGCUGAGGAAUUCUUGUACACAGUUUUCUUUGGCUUUACGAAGCCGAUUAAAAGACCGUGUGAAAUGAA